AAUGCCGGGAGCUGAGUCGGAACCUGGAGUCAAAGGAGAAUGAAAUCAAGCGGCUGCAGUCAGAGAAAUUCAUCCUACAUGGCUCCCUGCAGCCCGUGGUGGGGGUAGUGGGGCAGGAUGUGGUGUUACCCUUCCAGCUCUCGCCCCCAGCCCGACUGGCCAACAAGGGCGUGUUGUGGAGGAAAAUUGGCACCGAAUUUAUCCUAGUUCAUGAGUACUCGGACGAGGGUCCCAAGGACCAGCCGGGAGAAGGUUACCAGAACCGGACGGAGAUGUUCCCACAGGAGUUCAGCAGAGGGAAUGUCUCCCUGAAACUGAAACGGCUCCAAGAGGCAGAUGCUGGGACGUACCACGACUGGCCAACAAGGGCGUCCGUGGCUCCAGUGUUCAUUGAAGUUCUGGGCCCCCAGGGCCAGGGGAUUGGACUGGCCUGUAGAUCCACAGGCUGGUUCCCCAAACCCGAACUCCAGUGGGUUGGGAAGAAUCGGCAGAACUUGACAAUGGAUCCUGUGACCUACAUGACUGAGGGCGGGGACAAUCUAUACAGUGUUGAAAGUCAAGUCACUGUCACAGAAGGAAAUGACACUGGAGAGAUCAGCUGCAUCGUGCGGAAUGGCCUGCUGGAAACAGAGCGACAGUCGACCAUUCAGCUCUCCGGUGACGUCUUCCCCCGGGUGUCUCCCUGGCUGGCUGCAUUCUGGGCCUUGCUCGCUCUGGUUCUCGUCGCUGCUGGAGUUUGUGCAUAUCUUGGAUGCACAGGGAAGCAAAAAGUCUCUCAGAAGAAACGCGCUGAAGAGGAGGCUCUGUUAUCUCUUG